AUGACAAGUCCAAAGCACCCUGGAAGUCCUGACUGGACAGGGCCGACUGUAGCCCAGAAUUCGGCAAGGACCAAGCAGGAGACAUCAGCCACUGGUCCAGACCUCCCAUCCUCAGGACCUGAAGAACACUUAGAUGCCUCCAACAGCCUGAACUCCAACUCUAGCAUGACCACAAAAGAGCUUCAGGAAUAUUGGCAGAAUGAGAAAUGUCAUUGGAAGCCUGUAAAAUUGCUCUUUGAGAUUGCCUCAGCCCACAUCGAGGAGAGAAAGGCCUCUAAGUUCGUGAUGUACCAAAUCGUUGUCAUCCAGACAGGGAGUUUUGAUAGCAACAAAGCCAUCGUGGAACGGCGCUUCUCAGACUUCGAGAAGCUCCAGAAAAACUUACUAAAAAAUUUCAGAGAAGAGAUCGAAGAUGUUGCCUUCCCCAAGAAGCACUUGAUGGGGAAUUUCACGGAGGAGAUCAUCUGUGAGCGCAAGCUGGCCUUCAAGGAGUACCUGAGCCUGCUCUACACCAUCCGCUGUGUGCGCCGCUCCCGCGAGUUCAUCGACUUCCUUACGCGGGCCGAGCUGAGAGAGGCCUUCGGCUGCCUGCGCGCCGGACAGUACACCAAGGCCUUAGACAUACUGGUGCGCGUGGUGCCGCUGCAGGAAAAGCUAACCGGCCACUGCCCCGCCGCCUUGGUCCCGGCCCUCUGCGCCAUGCUGGUGUGCCACCGCAACCUCGAGUGCCCCCUGGAGGCCUUCGCUGCUGGUGAGAGGGCGCUGCAGAGGCUUCAGGCCCGGGAGAGCCACCGCUACUACGCCCCGCUGCUGGACGCCAUGGCCCGCCUGGCCUACACGUUAGGCAAGGACUUUGUGUCCCUGCAAGAGAGACUGGAGGAGAGCCAGCUCCGCAAGCCCACCCCCCGGGGACUCACCCUGAAAGAACUCACAGUCCGGGAGUAUUUGUAUUGA